CAAUUGAAGAAACGUGCAACAAUGCAUAUCUAUUUUCAUUUAUUAACAUUUUUUACUGUGUUGGUCAACUUAAAUGGAGCAGCUAAGAUUUUAGGAGUGUUCCCCACUCCUUCCAUCAGUCACCAAGUGGUGUUCCGACCUCUCAUGUUAGAGCUGGUUAAGAGAGGACACGAUGUCACCGUCAUCACAACAGAUCGAGCCUUCCCAAUAGGAGAAACACCAGCUAACUACACAGAAAUAGACGUUCACGAGGAGUCAUAUCGAAUAUGGAGAGAUAGAAUUAUGAAAGCAUCAAGCGCUAAGGAUGGCAUUCAAACUUUAAUACAAGGUCUGAGAAUCUUUCCUGAUGUAUUCGACACACAACUAAGUGAUGAAAAUGUGCAACGUUUGCUUCGUGAUAACAAGCACUUUGAUUUGUUAAUACUAGAAGCUUGUUUUAGACCCGCGCUCAUAUUCUCACAUAUUUACAAAGCCCCUGUGAUUCUGAUGAGUUCUUUCAUGGCAGUUCUUGAUAAUUAUGAAACAAUUGGUGCUCCUAAACAUCCCUUUCUGUAUCCUGAAUAUUUAAAUCAAAAGUUAAGUAAUCUAACUAUGUGGGAUAAAAUUACGGAAUUGUAUACGAGUUACAAGAUGAAAUUUCUGUACGCAAGAAAUGUGGAUUAUGAGAACAACAUAGUUCGUAAAUAUUUUGGAGAAAAUACACCUUCGCUAGCCGAACUCGGUAAUAACGUGGACAUGAUGUUCUUAAACGUGUAUCCAGUCUUCGCAGGAAUCCAACCCGUGCCACCAUCUGUUGUGUUUACGGGUGGUUUACAUCAAAAACCUGAAAAACCGUUACCUCAGGAUCUCAAGACAUAUUUAGAUUCUUCCAAAAAUGGAGUGAUUUACAUCAGUUUUGGCACCAACGUAGAUCCAACUCAAUUGCCUCCAGAAAGAAUCCAAGUGCUAGUGAAAGCAUUCUCUGAGUUGCCUUACGAUGUGUUAUGGAAGUGGAACGGAGACGAGCUGCCUGGCCGUACUGAGAAUAUCAAAAUCUCAAAGUGGUUGCCGCAGUCAGAUCUACUGAGGCAUCGAAAAAUCAAGGUAUUUGUGACUCAAGGCGGUCUGCAAUCAACUGACGAAGCGAUAACUGCUGGCGUUCCAUUGAUUGGAGUCCCAAUGAUGGGUGAUCAAUGGUAUAUAGUUGAAAGAUACAAAACUCAUAAAAUCGGUGUUCGGUUGGACUUAGGCGACAUUACCGUCGAAUCCUUCAAAACCACACUGCUCAAAGUUAUUGGAGACGACAGUUAUCGCCAGAAUAUUGUAAGAUUACGUAGCUUGAUGCGUGACGAGGUGCAGACUCCGCUGGAACGCGCCGUGUGGUGGACGGAGUACGUGCUGCGGCACGGCGGCGCGAAGCACCUGCGCUCGCCCGCCGCCAACAUCUCGUGGGCGGAGUACCUAGAACUGGAACUGGUGCUCACAUUACUAGCAGGACUAACAGUAACUUUGGCUUUAUUUGUCUUUUUUAUUUACAAUUUCUACAAACUCUUGGUCAAAAACAAUGUUACUACUAUAAAGUCUAAAAGUGAUUGAUGAUUCUAAGGACGGUAACUAUAUUCUAUAAAAUAAAUAAAAACUGAACAUAUU